CAAAUCGGUGUUUGAGUCACGUAGGCUGGAAUUUAACUUCGGUGAAUAAGUAAACUGUUAUUGUCAGCGUGCAUUUUAAUGCAUGUUGUGUUCAUGCAUUAUUGUAGGUUGCAUAUGUAAAACUAAAUUUUGCAUUGCACUCGUUAGGAAAGACACACUCGUAACUUUACAAACAGCUGACGGAUGAGACAUUGUCAACUCUGACGCUGUGUCCAAUUUCGUAACAAGUUGCGGACACAGAUUGGACACCUGACCGUGAACACGUAGUGUGAUACGCAAUUAUACCGACGCAGUAUUAGGUUAGUCACCAUGGCCGGGUCAAGACUUGUGAAUGUGAUCAAUCUAGGACGGAUGGGAUUCAUGUCUGCAUACAGUGUCCAGAAGAACUUUGUGCGUCAGAUGUUGGAUGCGGUAGCCAGUGGCCAGAAGGUCUUUGGCCAGAAUGUCCUCCUUCUUGCCGAACACAACCCAGUUUAUACCAUUGGUCUGCGUGACCACACGUAUACUGAUAGCAUGGCUAGUCAGCUCCGCUCCAAAGGGGCCGAGUUCUACAAGACUGACCGCGGCGGUCUAAUAACAUUCCAUGGCCCUGGACAGUUAGUUGUUUACCCUAUCCUCAACCUUAACGAGUUUGAACCAAGUAUGCGCUGGUAUGUUGGUGCGCUUGAAAAAACUAUGAUUAAAACAUGCAAGCAUUUUGAUCUGGAGGCCACAACCACAGACAACGUUGGUGUGUGGAUAGAAGACAGGAAAAUUGGGGCAAUUGGUGUCCAUGGUAGCAGAUUUGUGACCCACCACGGUAUCGCUCUUAAUUGUAACACUGACCUCACCUGGUUUAAACACAUUGUUCCUUGUGGCAUUGAGGGUAAAGAAGUGACAUCACUCUCCAAGGAGCUACAGCAGCCUGUACUCAUUAAGGACACUAUCAGUGCCUUCCUUCAGUCAUUUGAGCGCGAGUUUCAGUGUUCAUUCAGCUUUGCUUACAUGGAAGACUCAGACUUGGAUCUUAUAACUAAAGAACAUUUUGUCCACCAGAAGAAAAAGGUGGCCAUGCGUCCGCAGUGGUGAAGUGUAUGUAUUUUGUGUGCCUGUUGUGUGUAUGAGAAUCUCAGAAGACUAGCAAUAUGUACAUUUUACAGACAGAAUGUUGAUGAAGUGUUUUAUUGAGAGGUAUAUUCUCUGUAAAUCCUUAGUAAAAGGAUUUUUGUGCUUUGUACAGAUGGUCUUUAAGAAGUACGCUCUUUGAAUGGUUUUUCCAUGUGAAUUAUAUGAUCAUGGGUCUUUGGGCGACUUCAUGUUGAAAGACAUAUUUAAUAAAAAGUUGCUAUAAUGAUAAAAGUACUGUAAAAUUAUUUAUUUUUGUGAGGCUUAAUUUUCAUGGGUUUUUUUUACAAAAAAGCAUUUUCAUUGCUCACUUAAACCACUAGUGCUAAAAUUUCAUGUCAGUGGUCUAUUCAUAAUUUUGUGGGUUAUGAGAUUCCCAGAAAAUAAAUGAAAAUUAAAAUCUCAUGAUAAUAAGUGGUUUUACAGUAUGUUUAUAGUUGGUACUCUUGAAUUGAGAUUUGUAGUCUCCAGAGGUAUGUUUACAUGUUUUCUAAACAGGUUAACCUUUAUCGGAGAUGCAAUACUAAUCGUUUACAUCCUAUAUUCAGUAAGUAACAAUAGUCACUAGAAAGAUGCCUAUUUUGUAUUUUAUUAAUUGUGGUUUGUUGCAGAAAUAUUUGAUUGGUUUAAAAAAAAAAUUGAUAAGCGGUUCUUCUCUUGAAACAAUUACUUCUAAUAUUUGUCACAUUUAGUGAUAUUACACGCAUACUCUUCACAUUCACCAAAGAUUUCAUUUUACCUCGGGAGAAAAAAGAAAAUCUUUGCUCAGCGUUAAAUUCACUUCAAAUACAAAAACUUAGGUUAGCUUCCCAUUUAUUUCCAUCCUGUUUCAAAGUGGGCAAAAGUGCUAAAAAAAAUUGGCGUAAGUUCCCAUUAACAGGACAAUAAUUGUGUCCACAUGGUUGUAGACUUGGUACUUUGAUAAUGACAGAGAAUGUUGAACUUCUGUGUUCAUUCAGCCUAGAGAUACAAAAAUCUUUAAAAUUUUUUGGCAUGGUGUGCUAAAGGUCAGGGUCAGAGUUGCAAAAGAUGAAUGCUGGUUUGCACCCCAGGAUGCUUAGGUAAGAACGCUGGGUCACAAAAGUUCAAAUCUGGUGUUUAAUGGAUUACUAAAAAUAGAUUUUAAGAUGCAUGUUGUUAAUUUGUUGAGAAUCAGAUUAUACAGAAAGGUGAAUUAAGGUGUGACCUGAUGAUGCUUGAGUUAAGAGAUGCUGAAAUUGUGAUAAUUCAAUUUCUCUGUUGAACAUACAAUUUUCUAAUGGAAAAGAUUUGUUUUGAAUUAUUCUCUAGUAAGCUUAGCAAUUUUAAACUGAUACUAGUUGCAUCAUCACUCUUAAUGUGAUAGUUAUAGAUGUUUUGCCUUCUCGGGUACUUUUGGUGCAUGUAAUUGUGUGAUAUACAGUACAUGGUUAAAUUUUAGAAACCAUUUAGCUACAUUCAUGGAUACUGCCAAGUAUAAAUAUUCCAUGAACUACUGUUAGCUAAGUGAAAUAUCACUGCCAUAAUACAACAACUCUCCAUAUUGUUAUUUCAUAUUUCUUAAACAGGUCCUUAUUCUUUCACCCUGGACAGUUGUAUCAACACUUGUUUACUGGUGUGAAAUGACCUUGUUUCACUCUUAAGAGUUAGGACAAGGACUCACCUUCCAUGUCUGUGACAUCACAACAUGCAACAUGCAAAGCAUUGGAACGACAAAGACACAAAUGUAAGAAGGCCAGCAGAGAGAAGGAAAACAUUUUUGUUCAAUUGUUUGGGAAAUAAUUAAGAUAUUUACCUGUGUGGAGGUAAGAGAGCAGAUCUUAAUCUGAGGGGAAAUAUGUUUGAGGAAACAUGUUGCUUGUCGAGUCUUUGCAAUUUAAUCACCUUUCCCAAGGGGUUGAGAUCCCUCUCUCUCACCAACAACAGAGUGAAUGGUUAUAUUUAGCCCACUAUCGUCAGAUAUAGGAUUUCCUUGUUUUAAGAUGAAUGACAGGAAUAGAGAAAAAAGGAAAAGGGGAGAAUAGAUUUGUCUUGCAUAGGACCAAUAAAAAUGUUUCAGUAGUGGAAGCUAAGAUCUCUCUAGGAUGUCUUGUUCUCGUACCCUUCUGGCCUCAUUUGAUAGAAUGUUUGUGUUUUUGUUGUCCCAGUCAUUAGCAUCGUUAAUGAGCUGUCAUAGACGUGGAAGGGUCAUUGAAUUUUAGACAUGCAUUGUUACUUUGAUAUCAUAUCAUUGUCCUGACUGGGGAAUCCCCUGUCAUAUCAUUGUCCUGACUGGGGAAUCCCCUGUCAUAUCAUUGUCCUGACUGGGGAAUUCCCUGUCAUAUAAUUGUCCUGACUGGGGAAUUCCCUGUCAUAUCAUUGUCCUGACUGGGGAAUUCCCUGUCAUAUCAUUGUCCUGACUGGGGAAUACCCUGUCAUAUAUUUGUCUUGACUGGGGAAUCCCCUGUCUCAACCCAAGUGUGAGAUAAGAAAUCUCACACCAAUGAAAAGGAAGGAUAUUCCUGUCCAGGGUAAGAGAAAGGAGGAUCUCAACCUUCAUGGGAAAGAUCAACGAGUUUCAAAAUUUGACAAGAAUCAUGUUUUAACAGCUUGAUGAUUAAUCUUCCCCAUCAUGUUGUCAUGUUUUAUCCACCCCCUCCCCCCCACCACCACCAUCCCACCUCACCCCUCCCACCCCACCCCGCCCAACCCCUCACCAAGGGAGUGGUAGAUCCUAUUAGUAGUCCCUCCAUCAAAUAACAGUACUAUUGUGCUAUCAAUAAGAGAUUUUUUUUCUCCCAAUUGAAGUCUUUUCCAGAAAUUUUCUAGUUUCUUUACAUUACAUUGCAUUCAUACAAUGUUUCUCUUCUUUGAAUAUCAUUCAUUAAUGAACAAAUGUUAAGAUAAUUUAAACAUGGAUGUCCCACACCCACAGAGAACAAUGAAGUAAAUACAUGUAUGUAUAAACAGGAACUGAUUGUUUUGAUCCAUGCCACUAUCUGGUGCGAAAUGAAAUUAUUUUGGUAGAUCGGCUGAUGUUCCUUAUAUUUUAGUAUAAUUGAGAAGUAUGGAAGACAAUUUAUUUAAACUCAAUUUUGGUAGUACAUACACAUUUCCUUUAAGAAUUGGUAUAUUUUGUGUAAUAUGUUCUUGCAGAUUAUCAGAACUUUGCUGUGGUCACAGAAACGUUAGUUCUUCUAUCACAAAAAUGCAUGCGAUAAUAUGAAAUAGUAAUAAAAAAAAUACAUUAAACA